GUACAACCACGUUGCGUCCUAGGCUGGAUUAAUGCCUUAUUUGAAAGCCCUUCACUACUUACGCCGCCCCCGUGUUCUCCUCUCCAUGUUUCAGCGUUUCCAUUCAACAACCUUGCCGUGAUUCGCUUUAGGGCCUAAAAAACGACGUCUCUCUUAUAUCCCCCAAAACUUUUCCGGAAUCUUGCGUACUUUGCUAAUGGCGCUUCAUUCCGUCUCCGCUGCCGCCACAACUUCUGUCGCGUCGCCUACUCCUUCCGUGUCCAGCCAGCCUCGGUCUCCCUGCCCUGACCGCGUUUUAUCCUUUCGCGCUCGACAGAUUUCGAGUCGCAAUGACCUCUCGAGUCAUGCCGCCUUUUCGAGAAACUCCUCUCGACCCCCCCCGACGGCGUUACUCCCGUGCGGGGUUGGGGGACUCCGCCGCGCGCAGGUGCCCGUUACGACCCGCGCAAGUGCCACCGCUGACGCCGCUUCCGCUGCUACGCUGCCCGAGCAGCAGCAACCGCGGAGGCGCCAGAACAAGCAGAAUCGAGGAGGCGAACAGACCGCCGCCGCGACGGGUAGACGGAGCGCGGGACAGUCUCGAAACAGCGGCGGAGGCGGCGGCGGAGGAGGAGGAGGAGGAGGCGGCGCCGCUAGUCGCUUCAACUGGCGUGGUCGGCGCGACAAUAAGUCAGGCGGCGGUGAAAGCAGCGCAAGCGGGAGCGUCGCAAGAGGCCGCGGCGGCAGGUCUGGUUACGGCAACGGCAACGACUCCUCACUGGCGACGCUGUCGCGCGUGUCGUCGUGCUUGGCGGCGCUGCGCGAGGCGAAGCAGCGAUGGGCGGACGAGCGAAAGGGCAGAGAAUCGCAGGCGACGACGACGAUGAAGAAGAAGAAUGGGACGGAUAUGAAGAAGAAUGAAGAGGGAGGCGCGGGCCAAGGCACCCAAGUCGCCGUCACCGACGAGCCCGCGGCCGCCGCCGUCCCUGCCGCCGCCGCCACUACUGUUGCUGCCGCUCCCGCCGCCGCUUCCGCCGCCGGUGGGAGUGGAACUGAGGCUUCCGUCGCUCCAUCCGAGACGCUCGAGAGCGUCGUGUGGCCGGUGCUGGACCAAUGGGAGCGCGAGUGGGUGCAGUCUGACGUCAUCCUGCUGCUGAAGGAGCUCGGCGCGCAGCAGCGCGAGCACGACCUGCUGGGCGCCGUGUACGCGUGGCUGCAGCACGUGGAGGGCACGAGCAAGGAGCUCGAGGCGGGGGUACGCGCGUGCACGACGGUGCUCGCUGCGUACGGGAAAGCAGGGAACGUGGCGCAGAUGGAGGCGGUGGCGCGCGGAAUGGAGGCGCGCGGAGUGCCCCCGGACGUGUUCGCGUACAACGCGCAGAUCGGCGGGUACGCGCGCGCGGGGCGGUGGCGCGACGCCAUCGGCGUGUACGAGCGCGUGCGCGAGGACGACAUGGUGGAGGCGGACAGGGUUACCUGCGUCGAGAUGGCUAUGAUGCUCGCCGCGGCGAAACAGCCGGUCCCCCUUAGGGCCGUCUUGGACGAUAUGAUGGCCCUGGGUAUCCCCGUGGACGCCAAGCUGGUGGAGCGCGCCGUGCCAGUGCUGGCGCGGGGAGGCGAGCACGCGGCCAUCACGGCUCUGCACCGCUCUCUGUGCCAGGAGGGCGUGAAGCUGCCCGCGUCCCUGGUGGUGGCGUGCAUCAACGCGUAUGGCGCUCUGGGCAUGCCGCAGCACGCUGAGGGGGUGUUCCAGUCCCUGCGGCAGCAGGGGCGAGUGGAGGACAGGCGCGUGUACGUGGGGCUCUUGAAGGCGUACGCCAGCAACGGGCACAUGCAGGAGGCGGAGGGGGUGGUGCACGACAUGCUGCAGGGGGGGGUGAAGCCUUCUACCGGGUGCUUCCAGGUGUUGCUGGACGGCUACACGCGCCUGGGCGAGUUUGGCUUGGCCGAGGGAGUAUUGGAGUACAUGCGGGGGGAGCUGCAGCUCGUGCCAGACCCCUCGCUGCACCUCUCUCUCGUCUGCGCCUACCUCUCCGCCUCGCACCCUGCGUGGGCGCACUCUGCCCUCUGCGACCUUUUAGCAGAGCACCCGACGUUCCAACCGCCUGUGGAGAUUGUUGAAGGGAUCAUGAGGGGGUAUUUGGAGGGGGGCAAGGGUUUGGAUGGAGGGAAUAUGGUGUCUAAUACUGCUGCUUCUGCUGCUGCUGCUGGGGUUGCUGGUGCUGCUGCUGCAGCUUCUCCUGCUGCUGCUGUGCCAGAUCUAGCAGCGGGUGCAGCUGCAGCAGAGGCGGUGCUCCAAGUGGCGAUCAAGCAGGGGGUGGAGCCGUCCAACGCGUGCAGGCAGCUGCUGCUGAAAGCACGAGCCGUCCAGGCGAAAGGGGAAGUGAGAGACGAGGGGAAAGAGGGACUAGGGGGAGAAGAGGGGGGAGAGGGAGGAGAGAGGGAGAGGGAAGGAAAGGAUAGGGGCAUAGAGGAAGGCCGAGGACAGGAGGGAGCUGGGGUCGCAGCGGUGGGAGAGGGGAGUGCAGCUGUGGUGAAGGUGGAAAAUGAGGGUGCAUUAGCUGUGAGGGCGGAGAGCAAGAGUGCACUAGCUGCGAAAGCGGAAGGCAAGGGUGCAAUCUCUGCAAAGGCGGGAGACAAGAGUGCGUUAGUUGCAAAGGCGGAAGGCAAGAGUGCAUUAGUUGCAAAGGAGGAAGGUAAGAGUGCACCACCUGCAAAGGCGGAAGACAAGAGUGCAAUCGGUGCCAAGGCGGAAACUGAGACGGCAUUACCUCCAAAGAAAGCUGGGGAUUCGCUGCUGCAGAUGGUGCAAGGAGAGGCGGCGGUGGGAGAGGAGAUGGCAAUAGCGCCAGAGGCAGGGACCGAGACCGCGCUACCUGGAAUGAAGGCUGGGGAGUUGCUGCUGCAGAUGGUUCAGCGAGGGGCGGCGGUGGGGGAGGAGGAGGUGGUUGCGGAGCUCGAAGCUGUGGGGGGGGUGAAAGGGGAGGAGAGUGAGGAAGGGGGUGUGGGAGGGGUGAGCGGAGGAGUGCCAGGGCAUGGUGCUGUGAUGACUCUGUGGAAGUCCCUUCGGAGCAUCCCCACCUUUCAGCCGACCGUGUCCAUGUUUGUUCCAGUAAUCAAGGACAGGGCGUUAGCUGGAGACUUCCCCUCUCUCUGCUCUCUUAUGGCUGACCUAAGAGGGCUUGAACUCACUCCAUCCGAUCAGGUAUUCGCUGCAUUGCGCAUGGCGCCUCUAGAGAGCGCUGGUACAGUAACGAGUGGUGCUGUACCGAGUAUGACUGUGACCAAGGCGCCUGAGGAAGGGGGUUUGAAGGGGGGGAGGAGUGCGAGGGAUGGGGGAGAGGAGGAUGGUGAGAAGGAGAAAGCAAGUGGGAGGAGAAAGAACAGAAGGAAGGCUGAGGGGAGAAAGGACGAGGGAGAGGAGCAGGAGAAGGAGGUGAGGGGUGAUGUUGAAGGGAGAGGUGCGGUCGUUGAGAGGAAGGCUGAGGUUGCUAAGGGGAGUGACGAACAGGAGAUACGGAAGGGGGAGGAGGUGACUGUGGAAACUCCAAAGGCGAUUGCAGGGGGGGAAAACGAACAGGCAGGGGAAGAAGUGAAGGCUGAAACAAAGGUGGUGGAUCAGGAGUUAAAAGUUGAGAGGGUGGUGAGUGUGAGAGAAGGCGGAGGCCAGACUGAAGUAUCCAAGGAUGGCCUCAAGGAUUCUAGCAUCCUUGAGCAGACAGCGCAAGUGGAUGGCUCGGAUGUGAGUGUAGCAGACAAGGAUGCAGGAGUACACGCUAAAGGUAAUGCAGAGGUUGGGGGACAAGAGGGAGGCAUGGCUAUUGAAGCACUGGAGUCUGAAACAGGACUUGGGGACAUGGAAAAGUCGGCAAGUACUCAAGAGGCUCCUUUGCGAGAGGCUUUUGCUGCAGGAGAUGAUGGCGCUGCUGCUGCUGCUGCUGUGACUGGGAAGGGAGGAGAAAUAGUGCAGGAGCAGAAGGAUGCCCUAAGUGUGGUGGCUGAAGCUUCAAACGAGCUGAAGGGAGACAUAAGUCAGGGUGGAGUCAUCGGAAAGGUGGGGUGGGAAAGAAAGGGGAGGAAGACAGACAUGCAGAAGGCUGGCCUGGGAAAAGGAGCCCUUGCAAAAGUCAAGGGUUUUGGAGCAAGCAAAGGCUUUGGCAAAGCUGCUGGCAAGGUGGUUAGAAAGCAACAGAAACUGAAGGAAGAAGUUGAGAUUGGGAUAGCAAGCGAAGCAGCACCUAAAGCUGUUACAGUUGUAGAGACUGUAGCCUCAUGAAUGCAGGUUCUUGUGUGAUCGACAGCAUUGAGAAAGCUAGCUUUCAUGUUGUGCAAUUGGCAUCGUUCUCAUUUCAAUUGAACGUGAG